GUCUCUGUUUCCUGCCGCUGCAUCACUUUGUCCGCUCCGAGACUCAAAGUGCGCAAAGAGGAGGAAGAUGUCCGACGUGCAGCUGCUGCGGGUGUCGAUACAUGAGCGAAUCAGCGCCGCCGCCGAAGACUUUCUACUGCAGCUGGAGAAAGGAGGAGAAACGGCUCGAGUCCCGGCUCUGAGAGCGAUGCUAACCGAGCGGCUAACGACUGCGGGGGAAGAGAUCGUCGCGGUGUUCGAAGACAAAAUGGAGCGGUCCGAGCGGGAGAUCUGCUGCCUGAGGAGGCUGCUGGAGGCCGUGAUGAAGCCCGAACUCCGGCUGCACCGAGUUGUGUGUCCUGCAGACGUACAGCAGCUGAUGGUGAAUAAAGAAGAGGUUCCCCCUGAGCAGCAGCAGUGGAGCCCCCUUGUGGACCAGGAAGACCCAGAGCCCCCCCACAUUAAAGAGCAACAGGAGGAACAGUGGACCAAUCAGGAGGGAGAGCAGCUUCAACAACUUGAGCAGGCCGAUAUCAAGUUCCCAUGGACUGCUGUCACUAUGAAGAGUGAAGAAGAUGAAGAGAAACCUGAGUUGUCACAGCUUCAUCAGAGUCAGACUGAGGAGAACAGAGCGGACUGUGGAGAACAAGAACCAGCCAGGAACUCAGGUCCUCAUGGACAUUUACAAAAAGAUACUGCGGACAAGACUGAAUACUCUUCUGAGACUGAAGACAGUGAAGAUGAUUGGAUGCAGACAUGGGAACCUCAGUCUGGUUUAAAUACAAAAAAUGAUAAACAGCCUCUCAGUGAUAUGAAAAGUAAAACUGGUAAGAAAGCAUUUGGUUGUUCAGAGUGUGGUAAAAGAUUUCUUCUAAAGGGUGAGCUAACUGUACAUCUGAGGAUUCAUACAGGAGAGAAACCAUCUAGUUGUUCCUAGUGUGGUAAAAGAUUUAUAAAAAUGGGUAAUAUUACUUCAUAUGAGUUGUAAUAUAUAGGAGUGAAUAAAUUUAAUUGCUGUGUGGUUAAAGAUUUAAGUUGCAUCGUUUACAACAAAAAACUUGUUAGGAUUUGUCAGCAACUUUUCAUAUUAUCUAUAUUCAUAGUUCACUUUUGUAAAUAGAGAAUUUAUAAUUCCCCCUUUCACCUGUUUUAGAAAAAAUAACGCAUUGAAUAACAUGAAUGAUUUGUGUUGAUAUUUCUAUUUCUUUGAUUUAUACCAUAUAUAUUACAUACCCAUAUAUGCUUAAUGUAUUUUUCAUAAUUUCCUGUCUGUAAAAAAAUUGCCCGAAAUUAACAGCUGAAUAUACAUCAGAGAAGUCAUACAGGAUAGAAACUGUUAAAUUGCUCCUAAUGUGGUAAAAGACAUAAACUAAUGGGCAAUCUAUCUGUGUAUACGAUUAGUCAUACAGCAGAUCAUUAUUUUACUUUUUCUGUGUGGAAAAAGAUUUCACUGUUGGUACAAUUUUUAAAGAGAGGAGGAUUCAUACAGGAGAAAAAUGAAUCGUUUGGGACAAAAUAUUUAAAUCUAUCAGCAGCUAUCGAUAUUAUCCAUAUUCAUAUUUCACUGUUGUAAAAAGAGAAUUAAGAAUCCCUCCAUCUGUUUUAGCAGAGUUAAACAAUUUUUAUGUUCAAACAAAAUACAAGUCAUUGAAAACAUGAAA